AUGUUCCGCCUCGCUGCCCGCUCCGUCAUCACCCCCGUCAUCCGACGAAACACACCCCUCGUCGCGACCCGCUUCCCGCAAGUGUUGUCGCUGCAACAACAGCAGCAGCAGCAACGCUUUUACGCGGCCGGGGCUCUGAACGGCGAGGCGAUCAAGGCUCGCGUCUUGGACGUCCUGGGCUCGUUCGAGAAGGUCGAUGGCACCAAAGUCAGUUGGGAGGGGGGGCGGAGGUGACAUAGAUGCGAGCAAGCUGUGAAGUGAAUGCUGACGGUUGUGGGGUGUGUUGCAGGUGACGGAGACGGCCUCCUUCACGGACGAUUUGGGCCUCGAUUCGCUCGAUGCGGUCGAAGUCGUCAUGGCCAUCGAGGGUCAGUUGCUGGUGGGGAGAAUCCAUGUCGAUACUUUUCACUGACGUCCUUUGAACGCCUCUUGGAUCACGCCCGCCCUCGUGCCUCGCUUCGUUGAAAUUUCCCCCCCCCUCCUGUCUCCGCGUCUUGUUCGCAACUCGUCAUCGAAACAUCGUCCUCAUCCAAAACGCCCUCAUCCCUACGCUUUACGAUGACCUACCAACACCCUUUUUGCCUCUACAAACACCAUCAUCUACUCGAUGCUGCGAUCACAGAGGAGUUCUCGAUCGAGAUCCCCGACGAGGAUGCCGACCGAAUCACGACCGUGGGUGAAGGUCAGUCGGCAUCUACCACUACAACAACGCCGGUCAUCCAAGAAGACGUACUGAUUGUCUCUUCAUCACAAACAGCCAUCGACUACAUCUCCAAGUCACCCGAGGCUCAUUAA